CCCCUCCUCCUUCACUUUCUCAAUGUUCCUCCGUCUUCUCCGUCCCCACUCCUGUGAUCCGGUGGUUCACGACUUUAUUAAACCUAGAGCUUUCCCUCCUUCUACCGUCUUUCUUUUCCCUCCUUCACCUACAUCUCUUCUCUCCUUCAGACUAUUUUAAUACCUACACCAUGGCUGAUCUCUUCACCACCAUUGAGACCCCCCUCGUCAAAUACGAACAGCCUUUGGGCUUGUUCAUCAACAACGAGUGGGUCAAGGGUGUUGAGGGCAAGACCUUCGAGACCAUCAACCCCACCAACGAAAAGACGAUUGUGUCCGUCCACGAAGCUACUGAGAAGGAUGUCGACCUUGCCGUGGCUGCUGCCCGCAAGGCUUUUGAAGGCCACUGGGGUGAUGUCACGCCUCACCAGCGUGGCCGCUACCUGACCAAGCUGGCCGACCUGUUCGAGCGGGACCUCGACAUUCUGACUGCUAUUGAGGCCCUCGACAAUGGCAAGUCUGUCACCAUGGCUAAGGGUGACGUUACUGCCGCCGCCAAGUGCUUGCGUUACUAUGGUGGCUGGGCCGAUAAGAUCCACGGUCAGACCAUUGACACCAACAACGAGACCUUCGCCUACACCCGUCACGAGCCGAUCGGUGUCUGCGGUCAGAUCAUCCCCUGGAACUUCCCUAUCCUCAUGUGGUCGUGGAAGAUUGGCCCCGCUCUUGCCACCGGUAACACCGUCGUUCUGAAGUCCGCGGAACAGACCCCCUUGUCGGCCCUCUAUGCCGCUAAGCUGGUCCAGGAAGCUGGCAUCCCCGCUGGUGUGGUUAACGUUAUCUCGGGCUUCGGUCGUGUGGCCGGUGCCGCUAUUUCCAGCCACAUGGACAUUGACAAGGUCGCCUUCACUGGUUCUACCCUGGUCGGCCGUAUGAUCAUGCAGGCCGCUGCCAAGAGCAACCUGAAGAAGGUGACUCUGGAGUUGGGUGGCAAGUCCCCCAACAUCGUCUUCAACGAUGCUGACAUUGACAACGCUAUCACCUGGGCCAACUUUGGUAUCUUCUACAACCACGGCCAGUGCUGCUGCGCCGGCUCCCGUCUUUUGGUUCAGGAGGGUAUCUACGACAAGUUUGUCGCUCGUCUCAAGGAGCGCAGUGCCCAGAACAAGGUUGGCAACCCCUUCGACAACGAGACCUUCCAGGGUCCCCAGGUCUCCAAGCUUCAGUUUGACCGCAUCAUGGAGUACAUCGACCACGGCAAGCAGGCCGGUGCCACCGUUGCUGUUGGCGGUGAGCGUCACGGCGAAGAGGGCUACUUCAUCCAGCCUACUGUCUUCACCGAUGUUACCGAGGACAUGAAGAUCGUCCAAGAGGAGAUUUUCGGUCCCGUCAUCACCGUCCAGAAGUUCAAGGAUGUCGAGGACGCCAUUAAGAUUGGCAACAACACUCCCUAUGGUCUCGCCGCUGGUAUCCACACUAAGGAUGUCAACACCGCCCUCCGCGUGGCCAACCGCAUGCGUGCUGGUACCGUCUGGGUCAACAGCUACAACAUGCUUGACACCCAAGUGCCCUUCGGUGGCUUCAAGGAAUCCGGCAUUGGUCGCGAGCUGGGCUCGUACGCCUUGGAGAACUACACUCAGAUCAAGGCUGUGCACUUCCGCCUGACUGAUGCCCCUUUCGCUUAAAGUGAAUGUGCUGUUGGGAAUGGGAGGACUCGCUCCGGUGACGAGUCCGUUGGAGUCCAAGCUCUGCUUGCGCGUAGCCAUGGCUGGUUCAUGUAAAACAAUAUCUAGGAUACGAAUUUACGAGAUGUUACAAUUC